AUGGCUGAGUUCCAGGACUGCAUUGACAACUGUGAACUAUUAGAGAUGGUUGGAAAUGGUUCAAGCAAUAUUUGGUAUAAUAAUCAGGAGGCUAAUCCCAUCACGAGGAAGUUGGAUAGAUGUCUCACAAACGAAGCAUGGUUUAAUUCCUUCCCCCAAUCAACUGCUCUAUACGAUGAUCCAUGUGGUUCUGACCACACUCCUAUUUUGGUCUCUACGUCAAAUGAAAGGGAGAGAAGGAAAGUGCCUUUUAAGUUCUACAAUCUAUUCACAAGUCAUCCAGAUUACCCUGCUCUUAUCCAAAACGCAUGGAAUAAUAAUGAUCACAUUAGAUCUCCAAUGUAUCGUCUCUGUCAGAAUCUCAAGGCGGUUAAGAUGGGAUGCAAGACUCUUAAUAGGACAAGCUUCAGCAACAUACAAGCACGUACUGCAGAAGUUCAAGAAGAACUAAAGCGAAUCCAGACACAAAUACUUACGAGUCCCUCACAACAACUAUUCCAACAGGAGAAGCAGGUGAAGAAGAAGUGGUUAUUCUUAUCCACGGCUGAAGAAUCCUUUCUAAAGCAGAAAUCGAGAAUCCGAUGGUACAGUGAAGGCGACUCCAAUACCAUGUUUUUCCACAAUUCGGUAAAAGCUCACCAAGCCAGAAACAAGAUUGGUUCCCUACUCAAUGACCAGGGUGAAAGGAUCACAGAGAAGGAUCAGCUCAAAAUCUGA